AUGGCGCUUCUGCUUCCUCACAACUAUCACGAAAUUGUUCAGGAAGCUGACGUCCAAAUUGACAUGUCCUCCCAGGAGAAGUUCAAUGACCAGCUGCACUCUGGAAUUUUCUUGAACAAAAACCUAAUGAAAUAUUCGGUUGACAAGAACACCAAGACCAGCAGCUUCGUGUUGUUUGCAGGGAAUCUGUCAAUCACUUGGGGAAAUGACGAACGUUAUUGGAAGUGGACUUAUGAAAAAGAGACAAGUGGUGCCUAUGUGGAGGUGGCUGAACUGUUACAAGUAUGUUGGUUUGAGGUCAAGGGGAAAUUCGACACAAAGAAGCUGACUCCAGGGACUUUUUACAAGCUUGCAUUUGUGGUCAAGUUUAACGAAGAUGCUUCUGGAUGGGAAAAUUUAGUGAAUCUGAAACUGGAUCUCCCAAAUGGCACCCAAAUUCAACGCAAAGAGAACUUUAAGAAUAAGCCUAAAAACAAGUGGAUCGAGAUCCUAGUGGCUGAGUUUAGAGUUCAAGAAAAUGAAAAGCAAGGGCAGAUGGAAUUCUCCAUGACUGAAACCAGUGACUUCUAUUGGAAGAGAGGAAUUGUCCUCAACGGAGUCGUGAUUCAGCCAGCAUUAUAG